AUGGACGGCUCUCAGGCCCCGGCGAAUCAGCCGAUAGCUACUCCUCAACAGCAUUCGAACCUCAUCCGGACGGACCAGGUCCAGAAAUUACCGCAUCUCAAUGAACAGCAGAAGGCUCAGCACACCCAGCUGGUGCGCAACUUCUGGGAGAUCCUCAACAGCCGCGAGCCACAGAGUGCGGAGUACCAGAACGCCCACAUGAGACUCACGCAGCUCUCUCAGAAUCUGAUGAAAGGCAUGCGUUUGUUCCAACAUAAUCGCCAGCAGGCGCUGCAGCAACACCAACAGGCCCAAGCGGCUGCUGCGGCUGCUCAGGGACAACCUGUACAACGCACGCAGUCCGCCAACCCACAGUCUUUCAAUCAGCUCCUCCCGCAGAUCCAACAGAAAGUGAACGGUCUACAAUUCUUCCUCCCUCCCAAUAUCAGCAAAGAGCAGAUACAAACAUGGCUUCCCGAGGCAAGGCUGCGAUACGGGAUCGCGCUUCAGAAGCAGGAGAUUGGGCGGGUGCGCAUCUCAGAGAUGCGCGGGCAGUUUGCUCAGCGGCAGGCUGCAGGAAACUUGAGUGAGGAAGAGGUGCAGGAUUUCAAAAACCGGCAGCUAGCGGCGGAGAAGCUCUUUCGGGAGGGUAGCGAAUUCUUGAACAAAUUUAAAGAGCAACAGGAAACGUUCAAAGCGCAGCAGAAUCAACAGCUCAAUAGAGCUGGCCUACAGAGCGCCGGGCAGGCACAAACUCAUCCGCCUCAAGGGACCGCUGAGCAGACUCCCGCUGUUACUGCGGCUGCGACCCCAACUGCUGCUACGCCCGCCCCCACCAUUAGUGACAAGCGCCCAGUGAAUGUCCCUGGGCAGAUGCACCCAGGACAAGCACCCACUCCAGCACCACAUACCAUCAACUCUGCAGUAAAUGCGGCGCGCAACCAGGUCGGUCAGGCAGCCAUGUCUCCAACACCUCAACCAGGCCAAGCACCCACUGUACAAACUGGAGGCACUGCGCCUGCCCCUUCUGCCGUGCCUCCCCAGCAACCACUGCAGCUACAGCAACAGCAACAACCACCACAACCACCACCACCACCACCGCCGCAACAGCCGCAACCUCUUUCGCAGCAGGGUGCCUCAGGCGCACAAGUCACAUUUAGCCAAGCACCCAACCCUGACGGUUCCACGCCCACCCCCACUGCUCCACAACCUGUCAAUAUCCAAGGUCCCCCGCGUCCUUUGUCCCAUCAAGCUGCUAUGGCCCAAGCUGCCCAGAAUUACACCAACAACACCGCCAAUAAUAAUCUGGGUCAGCCGAAUGUGUCACAGGCUGCUGCCAAUCCCCAUGCGCACCCUCAAGGAUACAUCCCUAACCGAGGGGCUGAGAACUCAGCGCGGAACAUCAACAUGGCGAUUCCAAAGAACCUCAACGUUCCGCCCCCUGAGCCGAUCAGCAUGGCGCCAGCGCGACCAACUCUAUCAGGAGGCCCUAGCCAUGGCGCGAUGGGUAUGAUGGGUCAGCCGGCGAUCCAGAAACAUCCAGGCUACGUCCUUGAAGGCGAGGGUCAGCGGGUUCUGAGCAAGAAGAUGCUGGAUAUUCUGGUCCGCCAGGUCACCGGAGGAGGAGAGGGCGAGGGGCUCACACCGGAUGCUGAAGAGUUCAUCCUGCAAAUGGCCGACGACUUCGUCGAUGACGUGAUCACCGCUGCAUGCCGUCUUGCCAAACUGCGCCCGUCCUCCACGCUUGAGAUCCGCGACAUCCAGCUCGUCCUGGAGAGGAACUACAACAUGCGCAUCUCCGGCUUUUCCACCGAUGACCUCCGCACCGUCAAGAAGCCCCAACCCACCCAAGGCUGGACCCAGAAGAUGUCCGCCGUCCAGGCCGCCAAGGUCACGCAAGGAAAGGCCGAGUGA